UUUAGGUGGUGGCAUUCUUCCACGGUCUCAACAGUAGCUACAAGCCAGUCGCAGGAAAAGCCAUCCACUGGCCUGGGGGUCGACGAGGUCCACCACCAGACACCCCUCGCUGUGGGUUCCUGUGGAACGACCCCAUGUGCCAGGGUGACAGGCUCGAAUAGACGCCGAGCUGAACAAUACUUCUUGGCGAGUUCGACCGGAGGAGGUGUUAGUUGAGGUUGGAACUGGGAUUGGAGCCAGUCCAGCGCUACACAGCAUUAAUGAAGUACUCAAGCUUUCACUGGGUUGGAGUACCCGUGGGAGUACAGGUGCAGCAUCUACCCUGGGCACUCCAUCUCUUACUCUCUCUUCUUUCACCGUGGGCCUCUACAAGGGGAACAGGGUGGCAGUGAAGAAGAUCCACAGAAAAAAGUUAGACCUUAAUAAGAAAUUGCUGUGGGAAAUUAAACAGGCUCGCAAUGUAUCCCACGAGAACACGGCGCGGUUCAUCGGCGCGUGCGUCGAUUGUCCUCUGGUGUUUGUGCUGACAGAGUACUGUCCCAAGGGAUCAUUGAAGGACGUCCUCUCUAAUGAUGAGCUGCAGCUGGACUGGAACUUCAGGACAUCGCUGGUGCAUGAUAUCGUACAAGGCAUGUGCUACUUACAUGGCGGUCUGGGUGCGCACGGCAAGCUGCGGUCUUCAAACUGUCUCAUCGAUGGACGCUUCGUGCUGAAGAUCUCCGACUAUGGCCUCAAUACGUUGUGCACGCCAACCGACUUAAUAAAGGACGACACAUAUUAUUACAAACUGCUAUGGACGGCUCCUGAGCUGGUGGCCAGUAGCAUAUACCCCGGUGCUGCAGCCUCUCUCAAAGGUGAUGUGUACAGCUUCGGCAUUAUUCUUGAAGAGAUCGUGCUGAGAGCGGGACCCUUCCACAAUUAUACUAACACGAUGUCUAGUAAAGAAAUAGUAAGCCACGUGUGCGCUCGGGAAUCGCCACCAUUCCGGCCAGUCGUCAGUGUGGGUGAGGUGGGUGCAGCCGCUGGUGGUGGCGGUGGUGCUGCAGUGGAACUCCUGGACCUGGCUGAGAGAUGCUGGGCUGAGGCAGCUGACGAUAGACCGAGCUUUGAUACUAUCAACGCCAAUUAUAUCAAGGGCUACUGUGACAACCUAAUGGACGACCUCCUUCGUCGUAUGGAACAAUACGCGAACAACUUGGAGUCGCUCGUUGAGGAGAAAACUGAACAAUUGUCGCUGGAGAAACGGAGAUCGGAGGAGCUACUGUAUCAAGUGCUACCGAGGCCAGUGGCGCAGCAGUUGAUGGCAGGUGAAGUGGUCCAGCCAGAGAGCUUCGAGUGCGUGACGGUGUACUUCAGUGACAUCGUCGGCUUCACGGAGCUGUGUGCCGCUUCCACGCCCAUGCAGGUGGUGGACCUCCUCAAUGACCUCUACAGCACCUUCGACAGGAUUAUUGGAUUCUAUGAUGUUUAUAAGGUGGAGACAAUAGGCGACGCCUACAUGGUGGUGUCUGGUCUCCCGGAGAGGAACGGCGACCUUCAUGCUCGGGAGAUCUGUCUCAUGGCACUGGCUAUUGUGGAAGCUGUCAGAGGAUUUGUAGUGAGACACCGACCUACACAUCGAUUAGAGGUUCGUAUUGGAGUGCACUCGGGCCCUGUCUGCGCCGGAGUAGUGGGGGUCAAAAUGCCUCAUUACUGCUUGUUUGGAGACACUGUGAACACUGCCAGUCGCAUGGAGUCAACUGGACAACCUUUGCGCAUCCAUCUAAGCGAGAAUACUCGAGCAUUGUUGGACCAAUGGGGCACCUUCGUGGUGGAGCGUCGUGGUGAAGUGGAACUCAAGGGUCGUGGGAGGAUGCUCACUCAUUGGCUGCUGCACUGCUCAGAGCCCGAAGCCAGGCCACCAACACAAGGACUCCAGCCACCUCCACAAUAUCCUAUACUGUUCCCAACAUUGCCACAACCGGCUUUAUCGUUACAAGUUCCUUAUUUAGUUGUUGAACCUCCUACUUUAGCUGCUUGAAGAGAUUAUUAUUUAUAUUUGUGUCUGAAAGUGUGUAUUGUAGAUAUCUUAUUUCCAAUUUCCUUUUUGAAUGUAUAGUUUUGAAUGUUAAAACAUUUUGUGACUUUAUUUCAUAGCAUUAAUAUGCCUUCUAAAUAACGAACAAAAACAAUAAAUAUUUUUACUUGGUCUUAAAUCAUCAAUAACUAAAGUGCCCGCCAUAAACAAUAUUCAAGAUAAAUUCCAAACAAUUUUUAUUAACCAGGCCAAGCGAUAAAACAUAAAAUAUGGAAGGAUAAACCAAAAAUAAACAAGAACGUGAGUGAAAAUGCUAAUUUUAUGAGUAUUUUAUCCGCUUUCCAGUAGUUAAUGACUUGACAGUGAUAACAUUUACAUUUUACAAGCUUUAUAUCACAAUGGUAAUAUAACGAGAGAAUUUGCAUUUAAUCUACAUGGACUUUCUAUAUUAUCUGUGAUGCAUUCGGA